UGUUUACCUCUGAUCAGCUGUUGUGCGGUUUUCUGCCAUUGUAAAUGAGUAGAGCGACUUAACGUAAGGCGUAAUGUUGCUCGUCAAGUUGUGCUAGAACAGUACUUUAGUUUUUGCAUUAUAAUUUUAAAGUGGCCGGAAGGUAAAUCAUGAUUAUAUUCUCAUUAUGGACAGACAUUCACCAAAUAAGGAAGAAGUGCACAAACUGCAGCAACACCUGAGUUUGCUGCGAGACCAGUACAGCCUCCUGCAGGAGAAGUGCUUGCAUCUGCAGCAGGAGUUGGAUGUUGCGCAGGCUCUCACUGGCAAGCAAGAUGGCUCUUCUUCCUUUGCUGGCCGUUUGCUUGGUUUUGUUGGACAGCUUUACAAUAAAGAGGAGUACAGCAACAUCAGCGUCAAGGUGUCACCAAAAACAACCCUGCCGGCACACAAGUUUGUGCUGCAGUCUCGGUCUGCCAAGUGGGAGUCUCUCAUGCCCAAUGACACAUUAGACUGGAGUGGGCUGGGUGAGGGUGUUGGGGAGGUGGUGCUGCGCUGGGUAUACUCAGGGGUGCUGGAGCAUCAUCCCGACACUGCCUUCAUGAUUAGCCUCAUGACUGCAGCGGCCUCACUGUCUCUGCCUCACUUACUCACCAGGUGUGAGGAGGAGAUGGUGUCCCGCGUCACGGUCAGGAGCUGCGUGCGCCUCUACUCCACCGCUGAGGAGAUCGGCGCCCUGCGACUCCGCGACCAUUGCUCCGCCCUCAUCUCCACCCACUGGGACGAGUUGACGACAGCAGACUUCGCGCACAUGUCUGCGCAGCUUCUCUACGCCAUGGUGAAGAACAAGACGCAGCGCCCUCUGCACGCCGCCAUACGCCUGCACAGGGAGGACGUCGUCUUCCUCUACCUUAUAGAGCACCGUACACAGCUGAGCAGCCUGCUGGCGACGAGGGACGACGGGGGCAGCGUGCCCCUGGAGGCGGCCCUCAUGGAGGGCUUGGUGACCGUGGCAGACCUGCUGCUGCAGCACGGCGCUCCCCUCGACGACUUGGACGCUAAGGGCGCGACGCUCCUGCACCGGGCCAUACGCAGAGGAGACGCGGCCAGUGUCAGGUUCCUUGUGUCGCGGGGGGCGAGCGUGCACCUGCAUGAGGGGGGGUCGGGGUACACCCCCCUACACCUGCUGGUGGCCCCUGUGGGGGGACGUGUGUCCCCCAACCACUCCCCUAGAGGGGGUUAUGUGGGACAUCGGGGCGGCGGAUGUCAUAACGAGGAAGAACGAGACAACAGAAGCGAGGGUGACGACAGGUUGGGUGACAACAGUAGAGAGGGUAAAGCGAGGAGCGGGGAGGGGGGGACUUGUAAUGGGGGAGGCGCCCCCCGGACCUUCUCCCCUCAGGAGCGGGUGGCUCUCACCGCCAUGCUGCUGGAGAAGGGCGCUGACCCUCGUGCCCAGGACCUCAGACGCAGGACGGCGCUGCACGUGGCGGUGGUGGGGGGCGAGGUGGGUGUGGUCCGCGCGCUGCUCGCACACUCGCGCGCGGCGCUCGAGGUGCGGGACUGCGAGGACCACACGCCGCUGUGGUGCGCGCUCUUCUGUGGUACCGCGUCCCCCGCCGGGGCGUCCCUCAGCGGCGGCGACUCGGCGGCGGCGCUGCUGGUGGCGGCGGGGGCGGACCUCAGCGUGACCCUGGGGCGUGGUGGGGACACGCUGCUGCACACCGCCGCCAGGAGGGGGGCGGGGGAGGUGGGGGUGUUCCUCACGACGUCGGGGGCGCCUGUGAACGUCCCCAACGAGGGGGGCGAGACUCCCCUGCACUGCUCCUGCACCAACGGCCUCCCCCUCCUGACGGAGGCGCUUAUUAAGCACGGCGCCAACCCUAACCUGGUGACGCUGGCGUCGCCCUCGUCGCCCCUCGCCCGUCCCUCGCCCAGCGCGUCGCUGUCGUCGAGGGCGAGCGACGACACGACGCUCUCGACGAACCCCUUCGAUGAACCUGACACCCCUCCCCCCGUGGUCCCCACGCUCCCCCUCACCCCCGUGUACAGGGAAACGCCCCUGCACCGCGCGAUCGCGGGGCGCCAUCUGCGCGACGUCCUGAUGCUGCUCACCACCCGCGGUCCUCCUGAUGUCCCUCGUCGGGACCUGGAGCUGCGGGACUCGCGGGGCGUCACGCCCCUCGGGGCGGCGCUUGCCCUCGGCUUCCUGCAGGCGGCCGAGCUGCUCGUGCAAGAAGGUCAGGGGGUGCGAGGGGAGGAGGGAGUGAGGGGUAACAGGGACGGGGAGACGCCCCUGGAGCUGUGCAUCCAUGGGGGCGUCACGGACGAGAGUCUGCUGGAGGAGCUGUGUAGGGGCGCCGCCCCUGGAGGAGGGGGGCGGCAGGGGGCGCUCGACAAGGACCCUCCGCUGUGGCAGGCGCUCGUCGCCGGGCGUCUUGAUGUCGCCAGCCUCCUCAUCAAACACGGCGCUGACGUGAACGCCUGGCACGAGGGAGGAGACGGCGGCACGCAGACGCUCCUGCACCGUGCCCUCGAGGAGGGGCUGGAGGAGGGCGCGGUGUUGCUGCUGGGGAGCGGCUGUGACGUGAACAGCCCUCGCCGCCCCAAGGGAGGACAUGGUGGGGACAUGCUCACCCCCCUGCACCUCUGCGCCCUGUGGGGCCUUGCGACCGCCGCCCUCGCCCUCACCCAACGGGGGGCCAAGAUCAACGCCCAGGACGCGCAGGGCAGGACGCCCCUGCACGUCGCCGUCGAGGGCGGCCACACGGAGGUGGUGACGCAGCUGCUGCAGGUGGCGUCCCUCGACGCCGCCGUGAAGGACGCCAGUGGCGCCACGCCCUUCGCCACAGCCAUCGCCCGCCGCCACCACGCCGCCGCCAGGGCCAUCCUGCAGCGUGACCCCAGGGCCGCUCAGCAGGUGGGUGGCGGGGAGCUGGGCUAG